ACAGUACUGGUCAGCUGCUGCAUACGUCUCUUCACCAUGAGCCUUGCAUUACAUGAACUUCUGUUGUGCUGCCGGCAAAUUGAAAAUGAUAAAGCUACUGAGAGGAAGAAAGAAAUAGAUAAGUUUAAGCGUCUGCUUCGUGAUCCAGAAACAGUUCAGCAAUUGGACCGUAACUCUGACUCCCGGCAUGGCAAACAGCUCAACUGGGACACUGUAUUCAGGUUUUUGCAAAAAUAUAUCCACAAAGAAACAGAGAGCCUUAAAUCUGCAAAGGCAAAUGUCUCUCAAUCCACACAAACUGCCCGGCAGAAGAAAAUGCAAGAUAUUAGCAGUCUGGUCAAAUAUUUCAUCCGAUGUGCCAAUAAAAGAGCACCACGGUUAAAAUGCGUUGAACUUUUAGCACACGUGAUGGACACAGUGAAAGAUCCUUCAACAUGUGCUGUAUAUGGUGCAGAUUACAGCAGUUUGCUCCUGAAGGAUAUCCUUUCGGUUAGAAAAUACUGGUGUGAGAUAACUGCGCACCAGUGGGCAGACUUACUGACGCUGUACUUUAAUCUUUACUUGAAACCAAACACCUCUGUUAACCGGGUCUUGGUGGCUCGUAUAAUUCACACACUGACAAGAGGAUGCUGUCUGCAGGCAGAAGGGAUGCACUCCAAAUUGUUUCACUUUUUUUCAUUGGCAAUGCAGAGAGUGAGAGAGGAAAGGAAUCCAGCUGGUGUGGAUCAAAUCCUUGCUGCUUUCAACGUCUUUCUUGCUAACUCGGCUGUGAAUAACCGCAUGCGUGUUUGCAAAUUGGGUGAAGAGGUAUUUCUGACCGUACUGCGCGUGUGGACACAACAUCGUCCCAAAGAUGCUCUUAAAGAGGAGAUUGUCGAGUUCUUUCGAUUGCUGCUACAUAUUCAUCAUCCAAAAGGCGCCCAAACGACAGAAGAAGGUGCAUAUGCAUUUGACUCAGAUAAAUGGCAGAGGAAUUUAUACAGCUUGUAUGACACUCUGGUGAGUGAGAUAAGUCAGAUAGGCAGCCGCGGAAAGUACUCCUCAGGAUCCAGACAUGUUGCUGUCAAAGAAAACUUGGUUGAAUUAAUGGCAGAUAUUUGCCAUCAGCUUUUUACAGAAGACACUCGGGUCUUGGAAAUCACUCAGGCAUCAUUUGCCGUUACCCAGAGAGAGUCACAAGCAGGGUUAGUUCCUAACAAGCGACGACGAAUUGAGUUGGGUUGGGAAGUAGUUCGAGACAAUCUUCAAAGAUCCCAUAAUGAUUUUGAUGUGAUACCAUGGCUACAAAUUUUGGCUCGGCUAAUAGCAAGGUACCCAAUGAGCCUGCCUAGCAAUGAGCUGUGCCCCUUCCUGACAGUUCUGCACCAGUUGCUGGCACAACAAAGGCGAGGUGAGAGGGCUACCUAUGUGCUUAGGUGCCUGAAGGAACUGGCAGUUUGUCAAAGUAAGAAAUCUGAUGUGAAAAUCCUGCAGAAAUCAGAUCUUCACAAACUCUGGUCAAAAAUCUGGGCCGUCACAUUGCGCAGUAUAAGCUCCCCCCAAAGUGAAUCAGAAAGUUUUGCCCUCUUGGGUGCCAUCUUACAAGGUGACCUGAUACCCCCUGACCGAGACUUAUGGAAGAUUUUCUCAGGAUCUGCUGGAAAACGAUCCAGUUCUGCUGUAGAUUGCUUGGUGCUGGUUCUCAUGUCCUCUGAGCUUCCAGAGCAUCUCAACAACAGAAACAAUCACUCUGCAUAUGAAGCCAAUGGUGCUAAGAGCUCAUUAAAGGAAGACAUAAUAAAGUGGUUACUCUUUGGUCACUUGGAUGAUGAUAUGGAAGAUAAUGAACUUUCUCCUGUUAUAAUAAAAGAUUUUCUUCACCCUACCUUACAAAAGGUACUUGUCAGCCUGACAAUGAAAGACUCCAGUGCUGCUAUGACAUUCUUUGAAAGUCUUUCAGAAUGCACACAUCAUAAAAAAGAGAAUGAAGAUACUGGUUUCUCGGAAACAGAAGAGCUAUAUCUGUAUUCCUCAUUCAAUGAGAUUAAAUUGCACGUAACUGAUUCUCCAGAUUCCAACAGGAACAUGAGUUCUCCAUGCUUAACUGUCAAUUCAGUAAUAAGAGAAAAAUUAGAACAAAACCUACAGAUUGUUUCUGAGCAGCUACUGAACAGCUACAAUGUAGAGACAACACCUGCAGUUAACCUGGUCCGAUGUGCAAGUCUGUUGACAGGAGUUUUAGGUUGUUAUCUCUUUGCUGAGGUCAUAAGUGAAGAGGAGGCCUGCAAAUCUCAGUUGUUUAAAAAAGCCAAGAUGCUGAUGCAGUGUGCGGGGGAGAGCACUUCAUUAUUUAAGUCAAAGCUUUGCGAGGAACCAAAGGUUGCCCAACUGGGGGCCUUUAUAGCCCAGUGUAUCCACUGUGUAUGUAACUGUGGAAAGAGCAAAUCAGCUCGAUUCUUUUGUGAUCUGUUCUUGCGUCUUCUCACUCCAAGAAUGUUAAGUGAUCUGGCAGACAUUUGCAGACAUUUACUCAACAACACUAGGAACACAGUGGAUGCUGAAGUUGAUCUCAUGGAUGUUGAUAAUGAUGCACGAGGCGAAGCAGAAGAUCAGAUUGAUGUAGAUCUGUUUGAUGAUAACACCACCGCUGAGUCAAGUGAUAAUUCUGAAUUUGGGGAGCUCCAGAAUGUUACUGGUGCUGUGAGUCCUUUGUCAGAGGAGCACCACACCAAGCAAGAUGUUCUACUGCUGCAGACUUUGCGGUUUCUGUGUCUUUCCGCUUCAGCAGCCAAUAAUCAGGUGGUUGCGUUCAGAUCUUCUGAUGUGUGGAGGAAACUUCUCAACCUCAUUGACAAUAAUGCUCUGGACACAAGCAAACCUUUGCAUCUUCAUGUGUAUUUACAGUUAUUGAGUGAACUUCCCAUGGAAGAUGCUUCACAGCCAGUUGAUGAUAUUCUCACCUUACUGAAACCUCUUCCAGAGGUCUGCUCUACGUAUCGUAGAGACCAAGAGAUCUGUACUGCUAUUCUAACAAGGCUGCUUCCUGUGGUUGUGAGCUUAGGACAGGACCAGGCAGACAGUGAUGAGCGGUGUGAUGCGGAGGGACAGCUCCUAAAUGUGGUGCAGGCUUUUUGGCAUUUGACAAAGGAAGGAAAAUGUACAACUCAAGUACGUGUGGCACUUGUGAACUGUAUGAAGACACUAAUUAAGGUUGAUCCUCAAUCUAAGUGGGCUAUCCUCACCAUAGGAGAAAGUGAUAUUUCUGUAAGAGAUGCAUUCCCACAAUUCCUAGCAGACAACCACCAUCAAGUUCGUUUGCUAGCUGCCAUGUCUGUAAACAGGCUAUUCCAGGAUAUUAAAUCUCAGCCCCUUCCUCUUAAACCACAACAAAAAGCUUUUGAUAAUGUGUAUUUGAAGGUGCAAGAAGGAAUGCGCUACUUGUCACGUGCUGGCCAUGACCCGGAUGAGCUCCUGGACGAACAAUAUAACAGGAAAUCUACUUUGCUAAUGCUGAUAUCUGUAAUCAUGCGUUGUAGCGCUGUUUGUGAGAAGCAGGCUCUUUUUGCUAUCUGUCAGUCAGUGAAGGAAAAUGGACUGGAGCCUCAACUCAUCAAAAAGGUGUUGGAAAACGUUUCAGUUACUUUAGGCUACAGGAGUGUAGAAGACUUCAUGAUGUGUCACUUAGAUUACCUAGUUCUUGAAUGGCUUAAUAUGAAGGAUCCUGGAUACAGUUUAGCAACUUUCCCUUACAUCUUGUUAAAUUAUUCAACACUCCAAGACUUUUAUAGCUGUUGUUACAAAGUUCUCAUCCCACAUUUGGUAAUCCGAAGUGAGUUUGAAGUUGUAAAGUCCAUUGCUCAAUGCAUUGAAAAAGACUGGAAGGCUCUGCUGGCUGAUUGCUUCCCGAGAAUUCUAGUUAACAUUCUCCCAUACUUCGCUUAUCAAUGUGCUGAGGAUGCAGAUAUGGCAAAGAAAAGAGAAAUUGCUACAAAUGUUUAUGAUUUGCUGCAGGAUGAAAACUGCUUGGGUAAACAGCAAAUAGACAACUUGUUCUUAAGGAACCUGCCUGACAUUGUAGUGGAGCUGUUAAUGACUUUACAUGAGACUUCCACAAGUGACGCCACUAAAGGUCCUGAUGCCACAGGGGAACUAGAUCCAGCACCAAACCCUCCCUAUUUUCCUUCCUAUGUAAUAAAAGCAACAUUGGAUUAUAUCAGCAGCUGUCACAAAAGCAAACUCAAAAGUCUAGUCUCUAUUCUUUCAAAGAGCCCGGAUUCAUUUCAGAAGAUUUUGCUGUCUAUAUGUAAGCAGGCAGUGGAAACGAGCAACGUUUACAAAAAGCUUCGUAUUCUCAGAAUAUACCAGCUUUUUGUUAAUUUGGUCCUACUUGAAAUAAAGGAAGGCCUUGGAGGGGCAUGGGCCUUUGUUCUAAGAGAUGUCAUUUACACUAUAAUACACUACUUAAACAGCAGAACCUCUCUAGCUAUGGAUAACAUUUCCACACGCAGUGCCUUGCUCUGCCUUGACCUGUUAUAUCGUGUUUGCAAAACAGCAAUUUCUUACUGCGAAGAUGCUUUAGAGAGUCACCUCCAUGUAAUUGUCGGAACACUAAUCUCUUUGGUUAACAGCAAAACAGAAAUCCAAGAGCAAGUGUGUGACUUGUUAACCUAUUUGGUGGUUGAAAACCGGGAUAAUGAACAUCUCUAUCAUGCAAUUAAACUUCUGGACCCAUUUCCUGAUCAUAUUCUCUUCAAGGACCUGCGUAAUGUGCAGCAAAAGAUCAAGUACAGUAAAGGACCGUUCUCCCUUUUAGAGGAAAUAAACCAUUUUCUGUCCAUUAGCAUCUGUGAUACUCUCCCUUUGACCAGACUUGAAGGAUUAAAUGAUUUAAGAAAACAGCUCGAGCGGCAUAAAGAUGAAAUAAAAGAUCUUGUAAGAGAUUUCCAAGGAACCCCUCAUGAUGGUGUCAUUGCACAGCUAGUUGUGAGAUUGCUACUGCUCUCAAAGAUUGCUGUCCAUCACUCUAAUGGAAAAGAAAUUCUAGAAGCAGUUGGGAGCUGUCUCGGAGAACUGGGCCCUAUUGACUUGUCCACCAUAGCCCUACAGCACAGAAAAGAUCCUGUUUAUUUAAAAGCUAUUGAACUGUUUGAUGAAAAAGAGCUUCAGUGGCUGCUCGUCAUUCUGACUUUAAUAAACAGUGCAUUGACUGAUCCCUGUAUACAGGUACGUUCGGCAGCAGCUACUUGCUUAAAAAAUGUUUUGGCCACAAAAAGCGGUAAUAAGUUCUGGGAGACUUACAAGGACAGUGGAGAUCCAAUGAUGGUCUAUUUUCAGCCUUUCCGUGUAUCCAAGAAAAAGCCAGUAGAAGCAAAAGAUAACCAGACAGAAAGUGAUUUGGGAAGCUUGGAUGAUCCCACUAUAUGGAUACCGCAGAUUGACAGCCAUGAGAGCUGGAUAAAGAACUUGACAUGUGCACUGUUGGACUGCGGUGGGGUUAGAAGUGAGGUCCUCCAACUACUAAAGCCAUUGAGUGAGGUUAAAGCAGACUUUUGUCAGACUGUGCUUCCUUAUGUUGUUCAUAAUAUCCUUCUUCAAGACUCCAAUGAAACGUGGCGGACACUUCUGUCAAAACAUAUUCAGGGUUUUUUCACAUCAUGCUGCCGGUCAGUGACCUGUUCAAGUAGAUCUGCUACACCAGCAAGUUCAGAUUCAGAGUCUGAUGGUCUGAUACGUGGAAAUCUUGACAUUGUGUCAAGACGCUCCAUGCUUAGUGUAAUAGAAUACUUGAGAAAACAAAGAAGACCAGUAGCAGGAACAGCAUUUGAUGACAAUUUUUGGCUGGAUUUAAACUACCUUGAAGUGGCUAUGGCAGUGCAAUCCUGUGCGGGCCAUUUCACUGCUCUACUAUAUGCUGAAAUAUACGCUGACAAGCUCCGGCUGGAUGCUGAACAGCGCAAAAGGUCUACAUCUCUUGCACGGAAGUGCCUUAAAUUUGAGGAAGGCAGCCAAACCCUAACUAUCACCAGCUUGAGUGAGAAAAGCAAAGAAGAGUCUGGAAUUAGUUUGCAGGAUCUUCUAAUUGAAAUUUACAGAAGUAUAGGGGAGCCUGAUAGUCUGUAUGGCUGUGGUGGAGGGAAGAUGCUCCAGUCACUUGCCAGGAUACGAACUUAUGAGCAUGAGUCUAUGUGGGGAAAAGCCUUAGUGACCUACGACCUGGAAAUGAAUCUUCCGCCAGGCACCCGUCAGGCUGGGAUCAUGCAGGCCUUGCAGAAUUUUGGAUUGUGUCACAUGUUGUCUACCUACUUACGGGGUCUUGAGUAUGAACAUUCAGAAUGGACUUCUGAACUUCAGGAAAUACGCUACCAGGCUGCCUGGAGGACCAUGCAAUGGGACCAUAUCCCUCCCAUCAAAACGGAGGCAGCAGGACCGGGAUACCACGAAUCUCUAUUUCAUGCCAUUCAGUCUUUAAGGGACAAGGAGUUUCCAGGGUUCCAUGAAUACAUAAAAUAUGCCAGGAUUAAGGAAGUGGAAGAGCUGUGCAAGGGCAGCCUGGAAUCGGUAUACUCUCUAUAUCCCUCUCUGUGUAGACUUCAAGCACUAGGGGAGCUGGCCAGUGUUGGACAGAUGUUUUCUAGAUCGAUUACUGACCAAGAACUUGCUGAAACUUGUAUGAGGUGGAAAAGACAAUCCCAGCUCCUUAAAGACAGUGACUUUGGUUUCCAGGAGCCCGUCAUGGCCCUCCGGUCUAUAGUCCUAGAAAUUCUGUUGGAGAAGGAGACAAAUAACUCCUCUAAGGAGUGUAUCAAGGACUUCCUAACUACGCACUUGGUGGAGUUGUCUAGAGUAGCUAGGACUGCCAGAAAUACACAGCUCCCAGAAAAAGCAAUGUUCCAGAUUAAACAACAUAAUCCAGCACAGUACCAAGUGUGUGAGUGGCAGCUUGAAGAAGCUCAAGUGUUCUGGGCUAAGAAGGAACAGAGUUUGGCCCUUGGGAUACUCAAACAAAUGAUCGACAAACUGGAAUCAAGUCCUUUUGAGGUUGAGAACAACUCCAGUCUUCGGCUAAUUUAUGCAGAAUGCUUGCGGUUAUGUGGAAACUGGCUUGCAGAAACAUGCUUGGAAAGUCCGACUAUUAUUAUGCAGAAUUACCUUGAAAAGGCUGUUGAGGUUGCAGAAAGUCAUAGCAGUGAGGACAAGCUGCAGGAGGGAAGGAUGAAGGCAUUCCUGUCAUUGGCUCGCUUUUCAGAUGCCCAGUACCAGCGAAUUGACAAUUACAUGAAAUCAUCAGAGUUUGAAAAUAAACAGGCUUUGCUCAGAAAAGCAAAGGAAGAAGUCGGAUUAAUGAGGGAAUACAAGGUUCAAACAAACAGAUAUACAGUUAAGGUACAGAGAGAGCUGGAACUAGAUGAAUGUGCUAUAGCAGCCCUGACCGAGGACCGGAAACGCUUCUUGUGCAAAGCAGUGGAAAACUAUAUAAGCUGCCUGGUAUCUGGAGAGGAACACGAUAUGUGGAUCUUCCGUCUUUGCUCCCUCUGGCUGGAGAACUCUGCAGUCUCAGAGGUUAACAGUAUGAUGAAGCUAGAUGCCCAGAAAAUACCAUCAUUCAAGUUUUUACCUCUUAUGUACCAGCUGGCUGCUCGAAUGGGAACUAAAAAGACCGGUGGCAUUGGAUUUCAUGAAGUCCUUAAUAAUCUUAUCAGCAGGAUUUCCAUAGACCAUCCGUACCAUACACUCUUUAUAAUCCUGGCUCUGGCUAAUGCUAACAAAGAUGAUCUCUUGAUGAAACCAGAGGCAGUUAAACGAAACCGGUUGACUAAAAAUGCCCCCAAGCAGACCUCCCAACUUGAUGAGGAUCGUAUAGAGGCUGCAAACAAUAUUGUGAAUACAAUAAAGAAACAUAGAACACAAAUGGUGAAAGAUGUAGAGAGGCUUUGUGAUGCAUAUAUAAUAUUAGCAAAUAUUGAUGCCAGCCAAUGGAAAAACCAGAGAAAAGCCAUCCCCAUGCCGCAUGAUCAGCCCAUCACUAAACUGAAUAAUUUACAUGAUGUUGUCAUUCCGACAAUGGAGAUUAAGGUUGAUCCCACUGGAAAGUAUGAAAACUUGGUAACAAUAAAUUAUUUUAAACCUGAAUUCCGCUUAGCUGGGGGCCUCAACCUUCCCAAAAUAAUUGACUGUGUUGGUUCUGAUGGAAAGGAAAGACGUCAGCUUGUUAAGGGGCGAGAUGAUUUGAGGCAAGAUGCAGUAAUGCAGCAGGUAUUCCAGAUGUGCAAUACUUUGUUGCAGAGGAAUAGUGAGACGAGGAAGAGAAAACUUACUAUCCGCAGAUACAAGGUUGUCCCCUUGUCCCAGAGAAGUGGCGUGCUGGAGUGGUGCACAGGGACAGUACCUAUUGGUGAAUAUCUUGUCAAUGCAGAAGAAGGUGCUCACAAACGAUACCGAUCUACAGAUUACAGCAGCCUACAGUGCCAGAGGAAGAUGAUGGAUGUGCAGAGAGCACGAUUUGAAGAUAAAUACAGAACAUUUUUAGAUGUCUCUGACAAUUUCCGUCCAGUUUUCCGAUACUUUUGCAUGGAAAAGUUCUUAGACCCUGCAGUUUGGUUUGAGAAACGCUUGGCUUAUACUCGAAGUGUAGCCACAUCUUCUAUAGUAUGUUACAUUGUGGGCCUUGGAGACCGUCAUGUACAGAACAUUCUUAUAGAUGAAGAGACUGCAGAACUGGUGCACAUUGAUUUAGGAGUUGCUUUUGAGCAAGGUAAAAUACUUCCUACACCAGAAACUGUUCCAUUCAGAUUAACCAGAGAUAUUGUGGAUGGUAUGGGUAUAACUGGCGUGGAAGGUGUUUUCAGGAGAUGUUGUGAGAAAACUAUGGAAGUUAUGAGAAACUCUCAGGAAGCUUUACUGACCAUUGUUGAGGUUCUUCUCUAUGAUCCCCUGUUUGACUGGACAAUGAAUCCACUGAAAGCACUGUAUCUGCAGCAGGAUGAAGCUGAUCUCAACGCCACAGCUGGUGGAGAUGAUCCAGAGUGUCACAGGAACUCCUGCAAUGACACACAGAGCUUUAAUAAAGUUGCGGAACGUGUUCUACUGCGUCUUCAGGAGAAGCUAAAAGGAGUGGAAGAGGGGACUGUCCUCAACGUAGGUGGACAAGUGAAUCUUCUCAUCCAACAAGCAAUGGAUCCUAAGAAUCUCAGCAGGCUCUUUCCUGGCUGGAAGGCAUGGGUUUAAUGAGAGACUUCUACCAAUAAAGCCUUCUCUCUAUAACUGUUUUUCAUAAUGGAAAAAAUGCAACGCCCAUAGGACUGCAAAGCAGUUAAAUUCAAUUAUUACAUUUCAUUUUUACUUUAAGUAAUAGUUAAUCAGCUUCUACAUCUUAUGAUAAAAUAGGAGUCAAAAAUAUAAAUAUAAUGAUGUAGAUGUGAACCAAAGUCAUUUCACUUUGCUUUAAUGGGCUAGUAGAUUACAUAGAUUACUGCUCUUUGUAGAUACCGAAUAGUGUAAAAUUUAAAUAUGCAAUUCCUAUUGUAGCUUUUAAAGAACCUUUUUUUACAGUCUGUAGAUAGCACUUUGAGUAUAACUGUAUAUUGUAAAGUUACAUACAAAGGAAGGAUAAUUCUCUUCAUUGUCUUUAGUAAAGGACCUCAUUAUUAGUUUUUAGUUAGCAAAAAUACAUACAUUGUGUAUUUUGUUAUAAUUCUGUAUUUAGAAGUUCAUUUUAAACAUGUAUUGAUAUAAUACUCACAAAAUCUGUUGAUAUUUAAAAAGGUAAUAAACCAAUGUUAUAAAAGCAAUUAUUAAA